GCUCCCCAUGUCCCUUUUACAACCUCUCACAAAUCUUCUCUUCUUCUUUUCCUUCCACAAACCAAGAAAGUAACCAAAAGCAAAAGCACAACACAGAGAGAACCCAGCAAAAUGAGAAGCUUUCCCAUUCCCAACAACACCAAAACCACCACAUUAGCGCCAACAACCUCCACAAUAGAAACUGUGACAGCAACAAAAACAACAACAUCAUCAACUUCAUCACCUCUUGCCUCUCCAUGGCACUCUCCUGUUCCUUACCUCUUUGGAGGCUUAGCCAUCAUCAUGGCUCUCAUAUCCAUGGCACUCUUCAUACUUGCUUGCUCCUAUUGGAGGCUCACAAGGAGUACCCAACAAAGGGACAUGGACAAUAUCAACACCAACAAAGAGGGUGAUGAUGACCCUCAACAAAAGGAACAACCUUUGGUCUAUCAAGAGAAGAUCUUGGUCAUCAUGGCUGGAGAUCACAAACCAACCUUCUUGGCCACCCCAUCUGCCAAUACCAGUUUCCUCAAACACCUCGGAAAUUCAGAAGCUUUCGACAUCUCCCAGAUGGAAAUUUCCGACAACAAACGUGUUGUUGUUGAUGAUGUUUCAGACGAAAAUGGAAGUUCUGGUGGUGAACGUAAUCAACAACCUAGCUAGUCAGUGAAAAUUAUGAGUUUUGAUCCUCUCUUUGCUCUCCACCACGAUUUUGUCUGCUUAUUCUCUCUUCUUCUUCUUUGAUGAGUGAUUGGGGUUUAAGGUUCUGUGGUAGUGGUGGUGUGGUUUAAAGAGUGAAUAGUGAUGAAAUGUCAUUCCAUUUUUGUUUAUUUUUUCCAUCAAUGAAUGGUGACUCUUUCUCCUUUU